AGGGCCGGCAGAGGGCGGGCAGACAGAAGACAGGACAUCCAAUGGGAUCAGUGAUGGGAGGGAAUUUGUUCCACUCCAGCUUUGUUCUAACUUACUGGGACUCCUGAGCGCAAUAUGACUGGAGCACCGUUAUUCCCCGGGACGGUGCGCGUAUGCUCAGCGCGCCCUAACUUUUUAUAAACUUCUUUAUGCAUCUCCAAGGAUCUGGCAACUUUUUUUCUGGCUUUUUCUAGCAGCGCAAAAAACCCCAAAAACCUCAAAAAACAAAAGGCUAUCAGAGAAACUGAAAUGAAACUUUCCUGAUCUGCAGGAAUAAUUUUCCUCCAUCCAGAGGAUUUUGUUGCAGCUGGAUGAAAUAACACUUGUGGAGUACUUCUGGGACACUUCAGUGCGGAUAGAGGGGAAGAGUUGCUGCUGCUUUUCUCAUUGAAUUUUGGCUGCAGACACUUUGUGGAAUACAAUGCUGUGGAGGCUCUAACUUCUGUAAAGUUGAUGUAUCAUCGGCAUGGACUCUGUCUGAGAAAGGUGGACAGGUUGACUGACCAUGGCGCUCACAGUUAGAGGCUUUGGCCGGUUUCAUUUUGUUCUGCUGAUGCUGUGGACUCUGCCGCGGAGCUGCGCGUCCAGCCAAGUCCGCCAAGAGUUCCGUGUCCUGGAGGAGCAGCCUGUCGGAACCUAUGUGGGCACGAUAGAGACCAAGCCCAGCUUUAUGUACCGUUUCAGCGAAAACCACAAACUUUUCGCGAUUAACGGCACCACGGGAGUCAUUUCCACAUCAUCGGUGAUUGACAGAGAAGUUUUGCAAAGUGAUGUAAUUAACGUAGUGGUGCUGUCCAGCCAGCCGACCUACCCCACUGAGGUCCGGAUCGUGGUUUUGGAUAUUAAUGACAACUCUCCGGUGUUUCCAGACGCGUCCAUAGUGGUGUCCUUUAAGGAGGACGCCAGCAGCGGGAGACAAGUGAUCCUGGACACUGCCACGGAUUCUGACAUUGGAAGCAACGGAGUGGAUCACACCACUUACAGGAUAGUGAAGGGGAACGAGCAGAGGAGAUUCAGUCUGGAUGUUACAGUCAAUCCCAGCGGGGAGGGGGCAUUCCUGCAUCUCGUUUUAACCGCUGGUCUGGACAGAGAGGUUACCUCCUUCUACCAGCUCCUGAUCGAAGUGGAGGACAAAGGAGAGCCGAAAAAGUUUGGCUACCUGCAAGUAAACGUCACUAUUCAGGAUAUAAAUGACAAUCCCCCUGUUUUUGAGCUAGAUCAGUACCAAGCCAGUGUGUUCGAGGAUGCAGCUGUAGGUUCGAACAUCCUGCAGAUCACAGCAUCAGAUCAGGAUGAGGCAGCCAAUGCUGAAAUCAGGUACUUUUUAGAUGAGGGGACGCCUUUUCAAAUUGAUCCUAAAUUAGGUACUAUUGUUAUAAAGGAGGGAUUGGAUUAUGAGAUUAAGAAAGAGUACUCACUGACCAUUCAUGCUGUAGACAAUGGUGUUCCCUCUCUGUCAGGCCGGACAGAAGCCACAAUAAAACUUUUAGAUGUGAAUGAUAAUGACCCCGUUGUGAAGUUCAGAUAUUUUCCCACCACUUCUAAAUUUGCCUCUGUUGAUGAAAAUGCACAGAUAGGCACCGUUGUAGCUCUGCUCACAGUUUCAGACUCAGACUCAUCCACAGCUAAUGGCAACAUAUCUGUUUCAAUCUUAGGAGGCAACGAGCAGAGACACUUUGAAGUGCACACAUCUUCUGUGCCCAAUCUAAGUUUGAUUAAAGUUGCGAGUGUGUUAGACAGAGAGAGGAUUUCCUCAUAUAAUCUGACUGUUUCUGUUUCAGAUAAUGGCAAACCUAUGGCCAGGUCCUCCUUUGCCAGUCUGGUUAUUUUUGUGAAUGAUAUUAAUGAUCACCCCCCAAUAUUUCAGGAAACACUGUACAGAGUAGAUAUCAGUGAAGGAACCCCAAAAGGCAGCUACAUUAAAGGGGUUUCUGCAACAGAUGGUGAUUCUGGGCAGAACGCCAACCUGAGAUACUCUCUGGUGUCUGGAAACACUUUGGGCUGGUUCUCCAUCAGUGAAAACAGUGGCCUGGUUACCAGUGCCACUUUGCUGGAUAGAGAAAUCGCAUCUGAAAUUGUGCUCAACAUUAGUGCCAAAGACCAGGGGCUGCAGCCCAAGAUUUCCUACACUAAACUGAUAGUUAACAUCACGGAUGUGAAUGACCAAGUGCCUACCUUUACUCAGAGCACAUAUCAUGUUUCUCUGGUGGAGCAUGCUCCUGCUGGCACUGAGCUGGUGCUGCUGUCUGCCUCAGACGACGACCUCGGGGCCAAUGGAACUAUCCGGUUCUCAUUUGAUGCAGAGACCCCUGCCAGCAUCCAGGAGCUGUUUCGUCUGGAUUCCGUGUCGGGCCGAUUAAGCACAGGCGUGGAGCUGGACAGGGAGCAUCAGGCCUCAUAUUUGCUCCAUAUCCGUGCAGAAGACGGAGGCAGCCCCCCACUGCACUCUGUAGGAAAUGUCAACAUCACCAUUUGGGAUAUCAAUGACAACAGACCAGUGUUCUACCCUGUUCAGUAUUUUGCCAAUGUGAAAGAAAAUGAACCCUCAGGUUCUUAUGUGACCACUGUUUCAGCCACAGACCGUGAUUUGGGAAGAAAUGGAACUGUCAAAUACAUAAUUACAGCAGGAGACACUUCCAAAUUCCGUAUUAACAGCAAUACAGGGAAAAUCACAACACUAGUACCCCUGGAUAGAGAGGAAAAAACUGCUUACCAGCUGCAGGUGACAGCAGCAGAUGGGGGAGGCGUGCGCUCACACACCCAGGCCAUUGUGACUGUAACUGUUAUAGACACACAGGAUAAUCCACCUGUCUUCAAUCAGAGGGUGUACAGCUUUGUCAUGUUUGAAAAUGUAGCACUUGGGACAGUCAUAGGCACUGUGUCGGCCACCACGCUGGACCUAAACACAAACAUUUCCUAUCUGAUCACCUCAGGUGAUCAAAGGGGGCUUUUUUCUGUGAACAUUGCAGGCCAGAUCACAGCAUCCAGUCAGAUAGACAGAGAGGAGCAAGAAUUUUAUCAGCUUAAAAUUGUAGCCAGAGCCGGCGAGAUCACAGGAGAGGCAUUUGUAAACAUAACUGUGAAGGACUUAAAUGAUAACGCUCCUCAUUUUAUUCACAAUAUGGAGCAUGUGAGCGCUGUGGAAAACUGGAGUACAGGACAUGCAAUAUUCCAGGCAAAAGCAUCGGAUCCUGAUGAAGGUCCCAACGGCAUGGUGAUCUACAGCCUGAAAGAGAACCCAAAAGGCCUGUUUCACAUCCAUGAGCGGCAUGGUCUGAUCACACUGACUGGACCGCUGGAGGUCACAACAAGCUCUUACGAGAUCGAAGUCAUGGCUGCAGACAUGGGGGUUCCCCGGCUAACCUCCAGCCUAAUCCUGAUCGUCAGCGUUUAUGAUGUCAACGACAACUCACCUGUAUUUGAUCAGCUCUCAUACGAAGUCAUCAUUCUAGAGUCCGAACCUGUCAACAGCCGGUUCUUUAAAGUGCAGGCCACUGACAAAGACUCUGGUCUCAACGGGGAGAUUAUGUAUGACAUCACCAGUGGCAACAUGGGUGAUGUGUUUGGGAUUUUUCCAGAUGGACAGUUAUACAUCAAAACAGAGUUGGACAGAGAGAUUCAGGACAGAUAUAACUUGGUGCUUGAAGCCAAAGACAGGGCUGUGGAACCACUGAGCGCCUCAGUAAACGUCACUGUGAUCCUGGAUGACGUGAACGAUAACCGUCCUCUCUUUAAUAGUACUAAUUAUGUGUUUCAUUUUGAGGAGGAGCAGACGAGAGGAUCAGCUGUUGGGUAUGUUUUUGCUGAGGAUAAGGACUUUGGCCCUAACAGUGAGGUCAGAUACACAUUUGAAAUCCCGCAACCCAAUUUUGAGCUGAACACUAUCACUGGGGAGCUUACCAGCACGCUGCAGCUGGACCGUGAAUCACUGAUGAGGCAAAGGGGUGCUGCUGUGUUUAGCUUUAUUGUCGUCUCAUCAGAUCAGGGUCUCCCCAAACCUCUCAGAGAUCAGGCCAAGGUACAGGUUUACAUUCAAGAUAUCAAUGACAACCCUCCAAAAUUCACCAAAGAUGUUUAUCAGGCCUCCAUCUCUGAGUCAGCUCAAAACAUGACUCAGCUGCUGCGGGUUUCUGCCUCAGAUGUGGAUGAGAACAAAAAUGGACUUGUUCAUUAUCACAUUAUUGAGGGCAAUGAGGAACAUCAGUUCAUGAUAGAUGGCAGCUCUGGACAGGUGACUUUAGUUGGAAAGCUGGACUAUGAAACCACUUCUUCUUACUCACUUAAAAUUAUAGCUGCUGAUGCUGGAACGGUGCCAUUGUCUUCCUCUUGUCUGCUGAGCAUUAGCAUUCUGGAUGAAAAUGAUAACUCCCCAUCCUUCCCUAAAUCCUCCCUGUCUGUGGAUGUGCUAGAAAACAUGAGGAUAGGAGAGCUUGUGGCGUCUGUGACUGCCACGGAUGCAGAUUCGGGUCAGAAUGCAGACAUAACAUACAGCAUCACAGCCACAAACAACCACGGCACUUUCAGUAUUAGCCCCAACACUGGCAGCAUCUUUCUAAUUAAAAAGUUGGACUUUGAAACACAAUCACUUUACAAACUCAACAUAACUGCAAAGGACAACGGUAGACCUCCUCGCUCCUCAUCCAUACCUGUGGUCAUUCAUGUCCGGGAUUUUAAUGACAAUCCUCCUAUAUUUGCCCCUGGAGACAUUUUCAAAUCUAUCCCUGAAAAUCUUCCUCUCUCAGCCUCGGUCAUGACCAUUAUAGCUCACGACACGGAUGCAGACAUAAACGGGCAGCUACAGUACUCCAUUGUUCAGCAGAUUCCUCGAGGGAGCCACUUCAACAUCGACCCAAGCUCUGGGCUCAUUUACACCAAUAAGGAAAUUGACAGGGAGUUUUCCAACCUGUUUGAGCUGACCAUCAAAGCCACAGAUCAGGCAGUUCCAGCUGAAUUCCGACGAUUCGCAUUAAAAAAUGUCACAAUAUGGGUCACAGACCUGAAUGACAAUGUUCCUACUUUUGUAUCCCAGAAUGCUCUCGUGGCUGAGCCCAACAUUGUUAUUGGCUCCAUACUGACAACAGUGAUGGCCCUUGACCCUGACGAUGGGGAAAAUGGGGAAGUGGAGUAUGAGCUUCUGGAAGGGGAUGCAGACACCUUUAUUAUGGACAGGUACAGCGGGGAUAUUCGCCUGGCUUCCCAGCUGGUCCCAUCUCGACUCAUGUACACCCUGGCAGUGUCAGCAACAGAUCACGGCACCGACCGUAAGACCUCCAGAACUGAGUUGACAAUCAUCCUUCAAGGGAUAGAUGGACCCGUUUUCUCUCAGCCCAAAUACAUAACCAUCCUUAAAGAAGGCCAGCCGCCAGGAACAAAUGUCAUCUCCCUGGAUGCCUCAAGUCCAAGGGGCUCUUCAUCAAAAGUGGAGUAUUUCAUUGUGGCAGUGCGGAGUGGAGGAAAAGCCGUUGGACGCCUUUUCACCAUUGGACGCCACACUGGAGUGAUACAGACUGCUGCGGAGCUGGACAGGGAACAAGGGUCCGACCUUUACCUGGUGGACGUGUACGCCAUUGAGACAGAUGCCAGCCAGCCCAGAACACAGCGUGCUGAGGUGGAGAUCACUCUGCAGGACAUCAAUGACAACCCACCUGUUUUUCCUAAUGAUAUUCUGGAUGUGACCAUUGAGGAGAAUGUUGGAGAUGGCUUCAAGAUAAUGCAGCUAACAGCCACAGAUGCAGAUGAGGGUCCCAAUGCUUUAGUGACUUACACCAUCAUCAGUGGGGCCGACGACAGCUUUCGCAUUGAUCCUGAAUCUGGUGACCUGAUCGCCACUAAGAAGCUGGACAGGGAAAGGCGCUCAAAAUAUUCUCUCCUGGUGCGAGCGGACGAUGGAAAGCAGUCGUCUGACAUGAGGUUGAACAUCACUGUCCAAGACGUCAAUGACCACACGCCCAAGUUCUCCCGUGCGACAUACUCAUUUGACAUCCCCGAGGACAUGGCGCCAGGCUCCAUCGUGGCAGCGAUCCUGGCGAGUGACUCCGACUCAGGGGUGAAUGGAGAGGUCACCUACUCGCUGGAGGAAGACGAUGAAGACGGGACCUUCCUCCUCAACCCAGUGACGGGCGUUUUCAAUGUUACACGUCCAUUGGACUAUGAGACCCAGCAGUACUACAUCCUAACUGCGAAAGCCGAGGACGGUGGUGGACAGGCCAGUACGGUCCGGGUUUAUUUCAACGUGCUGGAUGUGAACGACAACUCCCCCAUCUUCAACACCACUGUGUAUAGCGCUUCAGUCUCCGAGAGCCUGCCGUCUGGAUCCAGUAUCAUCACGGUUCUGGCCAGUGACGCUGAUGAUGGUCCAAAUGCUCAGCUUCUCUACAAAAUUUCAUCUGGUGAUCCUCAUGGCCACUAUUCUAUCACCAAGGAAGGUGUUCUCAAAAUCAAGAGGGCACUCGACCGAGAAACCCAGUCCUUCUACAACCUGGCGAUCACUGUCAAUGACCUGGCACCGCUUCCUGCCACCCGUUUCACCAGCACCGCCCAGGUUUCAAUCAUCCUCCUAGACGUCAACGACUGCCCUCCCACCUUCACUUCCCAGAAGAUGACUUACAUUCAGGAGAACACACCGGUGGACACAGUGGUGUUCACCGCCCAGGCCACAGAUGCCGACAGCGGACCCAACAGCUAUGUGGAGUACUCCCUCAGAGGAACUUUUAGUAAUAAGUUUAGCAUUGGUGUGAUCGCUGGGGAUGUCAGGUUGGUUGGAGAACUAGACAGAGAGGAACUUUCCAACUACACCCUUACCAUUGUGGCUACAGACAAAGGUGAGCCCUCUCUCUCCUCCACCAUGGACGUGACUAUGAUGGUUCUGGAUGUCAACGACAAUACGCCAAGCUUCUCACAAAACAUCUAUGACAUUGAGAUCGAGGAGAACAUCUUGACUGGCACUGAUGUCAUCCAGGUGUUUGCCACUGAUGCUGAUGAUGGCACCAAUGGGCAGAUCCGGUUCUCCAUCGCCGGAGGUAACACCAACAAUGAUUUCCGAAUCGAUUCAGUCACAGGGGUGAUUUCAGUUGCCAGACAGCUUGACCGUGAGACACAUUCAUCCUAUUCGUUGGUGGUCCAGGCUUCAGACCGUGGAAGCAGCUCCAGAAUGGAUCGCACAACUGUCAACAUUGUUUUAUUGGAUGUUAAUGACUGUUCACCAGUGUUUGAGCUCUCUCCUUACACCAUCAAUGUCAAGGAGAACCUUGAGAACUUACCAAAAAAUAUUCUGCAGGUUGUUGCCAGAGAUGAUGAUCAAGGAGCCAAUGGACAGUUGAGCUACAUGCUCAGCGGCGGGAACGAUGAGGGAGCGUUCACCCUGUCAUCCAGUGGACAGCUCAGUGUUACCCAGACUCUGGAUCGGGAAACUCGAGGGAAAUACACCCUGCUUAUUACUGCCACUGACUCAGGCUCUCCAUCCCUCAGUGGGACGGGGACGGUAACCAUUCUAGUGGAUGACGUCAACGAUAACAUCCCCGUCUUUACCGCCUCCACCUUCCACACCACCAUCAUGGAGGACGCCCCAACAGGAACGGACGUGCUUCUGGUCAACAGCUCUGAUGCAGACGUGGGCAACAACGGCAUUAUAAGCUACAGUCUGAGUGGGGGACAUGGCCAGUUCUCCAUCAACCCUGCAACAGGGCAGAUUAUUACCAGCUCCCUUCUGGACCGAGAGGAGAGGGACAAUUACCAGCUGCUAGUUGUUGCGACAGAUGGAGGGCAGCCCCAGGGCUUGUCGAGCUCCGCCACCGUGUCCGUGACGGUGGCCGACAUCAAUGACAAUCCUCCACGCUUCCAUCAUCACCCCUACGUGACCCACAUCCCUGCCUCCACUGCAACAGGUUCGCUGGUUUUUGCUGUUACCGUCACUGAUGAGGACUCCGGCUCUAAUGCCCAGCUGCACUACUCCCUGAUGGGUCGGAACUCAGAGAAGUUCAAGAUCGAUCCAGUAAGAGGCGCCAUCACUGCCAAUGAGAGGCUGUCUGGAAGUUCAGAGGUUACGCUGACAGUCCGUGUAAAGGACGGUGGAGCUAACCCAAAAAUGGAUACGACCACAGUGACGGUGCGAUUUGUUACGGGAGGAAACUUCCCCAUUAUCAAGCUGAAGGAGCGGGCGUUUACUUUUCUGGAGAAUCAACCCACCAACCACAUUGUCACAACAGUGACAGGGUCUUCUAUGAGGGGUGGACCAUUGUCAUACUACAUAGCAAGUGGCAACCUUGAUUAUGCCUUUCACAUAGAUCAGCUGUCAGGCGAGUUAUCCAUCAGACAUCCGCUGGAUUACGAGCACAUUUCCAAAUAUGUUCUAUGGAUUGAAGCCAGAGAUCAGGGUUUCCCCCCUUACUCUUCCUAUGAGAAAGUAGAAAUAAAUGUUCUGGAUGUGAAUGACAACCACCCAGUGUUUGAUAAGGACCCGUUUCAUGCUGAGAUACUGGAGAACCUACCACCACAGCGAGUCCUGAUGGUCACCGCUGUUGACUUGGACAGUGGCAACAAUGGACAGCUGGAAUACGCUAUAACCGAGGGCAACAAGGAGAACAGUUUCAGCAUCAACCGAGCCACUGGUGAAAUACGAACCACUAGGCCACUGGACCGAGAGAAAGUGGCGCUUUAUGCACUAAAAGUGAAAGCCACUGAUCGAGGUUCACCACCAAAAAACACAGCAGUUAAGGUACUAAUUAAUGUGCUGGAUGUGAACGAUAAUGCUCCCAGGUUUUCCAAGAUAUUCAGUGCAACAGUGGCUGAAAAUGCACCUGUUGGCUACACCGUUACCAGAGUCACAACCACAGACGAGGAUGCUGGUUCAAACGCCGUUAGCCGCUACUCUGUUACAGAUAACAGCCUUCCAUUCAGUAUUAAUCCAAGCACAGGGGACAUAACUAUCAGCAGGCCUCUUAAUAGAGAAGACACAGAUCACUACAUCAUUAAAGUGUCUGCUCAUGACUCUGGCUGGACAGUAAGCACAGACGUAACAAUAUUUAUAACAGACAUUAACGACAAUGCUCCCAGGUUCAGCCGUCCAUCUUAUUACUUGGACUACCCGGAGCUCACAGAGGUUGGUUCUCUGGUCACACAAGUCUUGGCCACAGAUCCAGACGAGGGAGUCAACGGCAAAAUUUUCUACUUCAUCCGAUCCCAGUCAGAGUACUUCAGAAUCAAUGCCAGCUCUGGAGAGGUGUUCAUUAAGCAGCAGUUAAAGUAUCAGAACUCGACUGGUGCUGCCAGUGUAAAUAUAAACCGGCACAGCUUCAUUGUGACAGCCUCAGACCGAGCAGUGAAGCCUUUAAUGAGUGAAACAACAGUGAUUGUAAAUAUAGUGGACAGUAAUGAUAACCCUCCUGAGUUUGAUUCCACCACUUACUUCACUCCUGUCACUAAAAGUGUCAAAGUCGGCACCAGACUAAUAAAAAUCACAGCUUAUGAUAAGAAAGAUUUUGGCCUUAACUCUGAGAUUGAGUACCUGAUAACAGGAGGGAACAGCUCCAGUAAAUUCAAACUAGACAAAAUAAGUGGGUGGAUUACAGUUGCUGCUUCCCUGACGUCUGAUAUAAAUAAGAUUUUCCUCAUUGACAUCACUGCGAGGGACAAAGGAAAUCCUCCCUUGUCUGCACAAACAACGGCGAAAAUUGUAGUGACAGAAGAAAACCAUCACACACCAGAGUUCUCGCAAAGCCAAAUUUCAGCCACAGUACCUGAAAGCCUCGCUGUGGGAACAGCAAUCAGAACUCUUUCUGCCAGAGACAAAGACAAAGAAAUGAAUGGCCUUAUCACUUACAGUAUAACCUCAGGCAAUGAUAAGGGUUUGUUUACAUUGAAUAGUAAAACUGGUGUGUUAUCCUUAGCUAAUUCUUUAGAUUAUGAAGAGCAGCACCAACAUGAACUAAGAGUUUCAGCUACUGAUGGUGGAUGGAUUGCAAAAUCAAGUUAUGUCUCAGUCACAGUACAAGUCACUGAUGUAAACGACAACCCUCCUGUUUUUGAUCCCGAUGAGUAUUUCCCCUCUGUGCAGGAGAACGUCCCCAGUGGCACCACUGUGCUCAAAAUGAAUGCUACAGAUCGGGAUUCAGGAUUAAACGCUGUCAUGGCGUAUGUGAUUCAGUCAUCAGACAGUGAUCUGUUUGUUAUCGACCCAAACACAGGUACCAUCACCACCCAGGGCUUCUUAGACUAUGAGGCAAAGCAGGUUUACCAUUUAACAGUGAAGGCUUUCAAUGUCCCUGAUGAGGAGCGCUGCAGCUUUGCCAACAUCAACAUCCAGCUGAAGGGAGCCAACGAAUACGUCCCUCGCUUUGUUUCCAAACAGUACUACUUUGAGAUCUCAGAAGCUGCUCCAAGAGGCACUGUUGUUGGGGAAGUGUUCGCCAGUGAUCGGGACCAGGGAGAGGAUGGAGUGGUUUAUUAUCUCAUAUUUGGAAGAAGCAGAAAGAAAGGCUUUGGCAUCAACAAGAAGACUGGUCAGAUUUAUGUCACAGGCACUCUGGACCGUGAGAAAGAAGAAAAGGUUUCCCUGAAGGUGUUGGCGAAGAAUGCAGGAAGCAUCCAUGGGGCAGAUAUUGAUGAAGUGUUUGUUAAUAUCACUAUUCUUGAUGCCAAUGAUCCCCCUGUUUUUACCCAAGACCUGUACGACGUGCAGGUCAGUGAAGGUCUAUCCCCUGGUGGGCUUGUCACCUUUGUAAGUGCUGAGGAUUCAGACUCUGUCCCCAGUUGGAGCAGGUUUUCUUACUCCAUUGAUCCUGAACUUAACAAAAAUGUGUUUACAAUAAAUCCAAAAACAGGUCAGGUGUCUGUGGCUGCACAGCUGGACAGAGAAACAACUCCUGUCUAUAAUCUGACAGUUCUUGCAGUUGACACGGGCACGCCUCCUGCCACUGGAAGCGCCACCAUCAUUGUGAAUUUGGAAGACAUCAAUGACAACGGUCCAACAUUGCUGACCACCUAUACUGAGGUGAUGGAGAACCAGAGAGCUGGCUCUGCAGUCACUACCCUGACAUCCUCAGAUCUGGAUCUACCUCCCAACCAGGGCCCUUUCCUGUACAGUCUUCUGAGUUCUGGCUCUGCCAACAGCUACUUCAGUCUCAGUUCAGCUGGCAUCCUGACCACCAGCCGGGAAAUUGACAGAGAACAGAUUAGUGACUUCUACCUUUAUGUGGUGAUCAAGGACUCUGGUGUGCCUCAGAUGUCCUCCACUGGAACGGUUCAUGUUAAGAUAAAUGAUCAGAAUGAUAACCCAUCAGAGUCACGAUCUAUGGAAAUCUAUGUCCACUACUUCGGAAACACAUUUUCUGGAGGUUCUUUGGGAGAUGUUAGACCACAAGAUCCUGACAUUCAUGAUCGGUUCCACUGCUCCCUUAUUCCUCCAUCAUCUGGCCUGUUUGCUAUCCCCACAGGAACAUGUAACCUCAACGCUAAAGCCCGCUCAACAGACGGAACAUUUGAACUAACCAUUCGCAGCAGUGAUGGUGUCCAUGGAUCGGUUAGUAGCACAGCCAAAGUUUUCUUUAUGGGUUUCAACAAUGCCACUGUAGACAAUAGCAUCCUCAUCAGACUGCACUCUGAUGGAGUCACAAGCUUUCUCACCAAUCACUACCUCAGCUUCUUACGCAUUGCCAACUCUCAGCUAGCAGGACUAGGCACAGGGGUGCUGCUUUAUGGAGCAUUUGAGCUCAACAAUCAGACUUUCCUGAUGGCAGCUGUGAAACGGGGCCACGGACAAUAUGUGAACCCCAGCGGCGUGGCCACAUUCUUCCAGAGUAUCAAAGACAUUUUAUACAGACAGAGUGGGGUGCAAAUAGAUGCAGUAGACCAUGAUCCAUGCACGCACAAUCCAUGCCAGAACGGAGGCAGCUGCAAGCGGCGUCUCAGUGUCGGGCCUGAUAUGAAGACAGAAGAAAGCGUCCCUGUGAUCCUCGUUUCCAACCACCCCCUUCAGCCGUAUGCCUGCAGCUGCAGGCCGGGAUACGCAGGAGCCCUGUGUGAGAUGGACAUCGACGAGUGCCAGCCAUCGCCUUGCCACAAUGGUGGCACCUGCCACAAUCUGGUUGGGGGGUUUACCUGCACCUGUCCUGAGGGAUUCACCGGUAUGGCCUGUGAGAGGGAUGUCAACGAAUGCCUUUCCAAUCCCUGCAAGAAUGGGGCGCUGUGCCAGAACUUCCCCGGUGGCUUCAACUGCCUCUGCAAGUCUGGGUUUGCAGGUGUUUUUGGCAAACACUGUGAACUGAACAGCUAUGGUUUUGAGGAGCUCUCCUACAUGGAGUUUCCCUCUCUGGAUCCCAACAAUAACUACAUCUACAUCAAGUUUGCCACUCUGAUGAGCAACGCGCUGCUGAUGUACAACCACGACAAUCAGACUGGUGACAAGGCCGAGUUCCUGGCAUUGGAGAUCUUCGAGGGCAGAUUGCGUUUUUCCUUUAACCUGGGCAGCGGGACCUACAAACUGAUGACCAUGAUUAAAGUUUCAGAUGGCCAGUUCCACACAGUCAUCGCCAGGAGAGCUGGGAUGGCAGCAUCGCUUACUGUGGAUCUGUGCGGUGAGGAUCAGGAACCAGGAUACUGCGCCGUUAGCAACGUGGCUGUUCACACUGACUGGAUUUUGGACGUGCAGCCCAACCGGCUCUCUGUCGGCGGCGUCAGGUCGAUAGAACCCGUCCUUCAUCGCCGUGGUCAGAUCGCCACCCACGACUUUGUCGGCUGCAUCAUGGAGCUCGCCGUCAAUGGCCGCCCUCUGGAGCCCAGUCAGGCCCUGGCAUCGCGUGGCAUCCUUGACAGAUGCCCAAGACUGGAAGGAGCCUGCACCGCCAGCCCCUGCAGACAUGGGGGCACCUGUUUGGACCACUGGUCUUGGCAGCAGUGUCGGUGUGUGGACGGUUUUACGGGAAAAUUCUGCGAAAAGUACAUGACACCAGACACUGCACUGUCUCUGGAUGGCACCGGCCGCCUCGACUACACCCUGAAGCAGGGACCCAAACGUGACGUCCUGCUCAGGCAGUCGCUCCAGGGCGUGGCGUCCAACGGGAUCAGCCCGAGCAGCCUGGAAGUGAAGUUUAGGACACGGAGCAAGACUGGCACUCUGUUGCACAUUCAGGAAAGCAGCAACUACACCACUGUUAAGUUGAGGAAUGGCAACAUCAACUACAUCUCGGAUGCCGGUGUUGGUGGGAAGGUGGAGAGGACUCUGGGAGACGCUGUAUUGUCGGACGGCCAGUGGCACAUCCUCCGGAUGUUUAAGAACGGCUCGUCCACUGUCCUCCAGGUGGAUGGUGGGCUCCCCAGACCCAUCCAACACGCCACCCAAGACUUCGGAGGUCUCAGUGUUCUGACCUUCUCAUUAGGUGGGAUCCCACCUGGACCCGCUCAGCAGAAAACUGGAGCAGGUUUUGACGGCUGCCUGGCAUACGUGAAGUACAACGGGGAGAACCUGCCAUUUACUGGAGAGCACAGCCUUGUGGCGUUAACAAAGACCAGUUCAUCUGUAAAGAUCGGCUGCAGAGGGCCCAACUUGUGCGAGAGCAACCCAUGUUUAGACGGCCUGAUGUGCGUCAACCAGUGGUACACAUAUCAAUGUGUCCCGCCCGGCGACUGUGCCUCUAAUCCCUGCCAGAACCACGGCAGCUGCAUCCCAGACCCCCACUCCGGAUUCACCUGUAUCUGCUCUGAAUUCUACACUGGAAAGACUUGCGAAACUCUGGUGGCCUGUCUGGGCGUCCAGUGCCCUCAAGGUACCGUCUGCACCACAGCUGACAAUGGUGGCUUUGUUUGCAGUCCCAGUCCUACAGUAGAAGCCAUGGUUCUACCCAUCUGGGCUGUGCCGGCUAUUGUCGGCAGCUGUGCUACCGUCCUUGCCUUGGUGGUGCUCAGCCUGAUCCUGUGCAACCACUGCAAAGACCGCAACAAGACCAAAGUGCCAAAGGAACCUAAGGAGAAGAAACCUAGUGAGAAGAAAAAGAAGAAGAAAAAGAAGAAGGGUAGUGAGAAUGUCGCUUUCGAUGAUCCAGACAACAUCCCACCAUAUGGAGAUGACAUGACAGUACGAAAGCAACCAGAAGGGAACCCUAAGCCAGACAUUAUUGAGAGGGAGAACCCAUACUUGAUAUAUGAUGAAACAGACAUUCCCCACAACAAUGAAACUGUUCCCAGUGCUCCAUGUGCGCCUUGUAAUGGGCCAGAGGCAGAUAUUGAACAUUAUGACAUUGACAAUGCCAGCAGUAUUGCGCCGUCAGAUGCAGACAUCAUCCAACACUACAAGCAGUUCCGCAGCCACACUCCCAAGUUUUCUAUCCAGAGACACAGCCCGCUUGGGUUUGCCAGACAGUCGCCAUUACCACUAGGUGCAACAAGCUACACUUAUCAGCCUCAGUACACGCAAGCCCUGAGGUCCACUCCACUCAGCCACUCCCACUCUGCCUGUCCUACACCCAAUCCACUUUCCAGACAUUCCCCAGCUCCAUUCACCAAACCUUCUUCCUUCUACCGCAACACUCCCACCAGAGACCUCAACCUGGCUCGCCGUGAAGGCAGCCCACUGGACAUGCACAAUGACAUGUGCCAACCCCCGCCCAUGUUUAACUACGCCACCCGGCUGGGGAGGCGCAGCAAAAGUCCACAGACGAUGGCCGGCCACGGUCACACCUCCAGGCCGGGUAGCCGGCUGAAGCAGCCAAUCGAACAGAUCCCUCUAGAGACAGGGCCUCCAGUGGGGCUGUCCAUCGAAGAGGUGGAGAGACUUAACACGCCACGUCCACGCAACCCCAGCAUCUGCAGCGCUGACCACGGGCGCUCCAGUUCAGAGGAGGACUGCCGCAGGCCGCUGUCAAGGGUCCGCAACCCAGCUGAUGGUAUUCCUGCUCCAGAGUCCUCGUCUGAAAGUGACUCACAUGACUCCUUCACCUGUUCGGAGAUGGAGUACGACAGGGAAAAACCCGUCUCCUACAGUUCCAGAGUUCCCAAGCUCUCGCAAGUCAACGAGUCAGAUGCUGAUGAUGAGGACUACGGCGGGAGGCUCAAGCAGAGGCGAUAUUCUAGCCGGCGGGCAGAAGGAGGGCCCGGCAUCGCCCAGACACCUUCCGCUGAGCAACACUACACACUGCCCCACAAACUAGGCCAGCAAGCUGGGGGCUUCAACUGGGACAAUCUUUUGAACUGGGGCCCUGGCUUUGGACAUUAUGUUGACGUUUUUAAGGACUUAGCUUCGCUUCCUGAGAAUGCUGCAGCAAAAGACAUUGAAAUGAACAGCGGGGAUGGCUCAGUAACCAUUCUUAAUGAAGGAGAAGCUGAGCAAUAUGUAUGAGACUAUUUAUUACAGUGUUGUAGAAUUUUGUCAAUCUUCGUUCUAAAAAAAGAAAGGCUGUAUAUUUUGUGAGUAAAUUGAAGUGUAUGUUUUUAUUGAUACUCAACAGAAAAAGACGAAUUUUAAUGCGGUAAGGCAGAAACCGAGGAAUGAUUUCAUCGUUGCCACCUUGGAAUAGUUUACCAGUCUUUUCAAGGUUGAAACUGUACAAACUGUGCACUCAUCUCGCUGAGACCUCAUUAAGUGUAUCUAUGAAUACUGGAUGGCUUUUGGAAGAAAACCCUCACCUGAGUUCAAUUUAGGAGCUUACAUUAUCUCGAUCAAGCAUUUUUGUUCUUUAUUACCAAUAAUAUUUCCCCUCCCAAAAUAUUCUGUCAAGAGAUAAGAAAGUGGCUGAAUAGGAACUCAGAAGUUCAUGACUUAUGAAAGGAGUCUAUUUUUAGGGAUGCAUCAUUAAUUUUUUAAAAAGAAGCAUGUGUGUUUAAUCAAAAAGCACCUGACGCAGCCCUUCUGUGUGAAAACAAUCACUUUCAAUAUUUUUCAGACCCCACCAAUGAUCCGAUCUUUUUUUGCCUUACUCCGGUUCCUCCUCUAAGACUGGCUAAAUGUCCCAAGAGUGAAAGUUAAUCACGUCUGCUGCCUUACAGACAUUUGAGGAUUCUGUUUUAUUGGCCUGAGGAGAUAGUCUUUCUGGGGAAAAAGUGUUUGUUAAGAAAAAAUUGCAUUAACACUCUCUGACCAGCCAAUAUUCUCCCUGGCACUUAUGAAAAUAAAAAUGUUGAUCCUGUAAACAUGACCUGAACUAAAACUUAAUGAACUUAUGUACAUUUUUUCUUAUUUUAUGAAAAAUCACAGUCAUUUGUCUUGUUGGUGGUGUUCUUGUUCAUUAUGUUGACAUGUAUGGUUUCUACAUUUUUUUGUACUGUUUAUUAACUUAAAUUACUUUAGCAGUGUUUUAUGCAAAUUUUCAUACGCUGAAAUGUUAUGUUCUUACUUUCAGGGAAAGUAAGAUCGAUUACUUAUUUUUUACAUUUGUUACAUAUGUAACAUCAGUAUUUUCCACUUUUGAUAAAACUAUAACAUGCUGUAUGCUUUGUACCUGUAAAAAGCCAAUAACAGAAUAAAAAAAGGUAUUUAUUUAAAA